AUGGGAAAGAACCAAAUCUUUAUCAACGAUAGUACUAUUCAAUCCCAAGGAAUUUGUGAAAAAAAAAUCAAAAUAGUGAAUAUAAAACCAGUUUCUCUUGAGUUAAAUCGCCAGCAAAUUCCAUCGCAAGGGACAUAUCAGAACUUGUCUUCUGACUCUAACAUGGUCCUCGUAGAAUAUAAUCACAUUGGAGGAGACAUGAAUAGUGCAACAACUCACAAGUUUAAGACUGAACCAAUGAAAGCUAUGAACAAGUCCUCUAUAAAGAACAAUAUGAUCUCUAUAGUUCAUCAUCACCAAAUAAAUGAAUUAGAUGAUAAUGAAAGGUUUUCUAAUUAUAUUGAUCGUGUCAAAAACAAGAUGAGAAAUAUGUCUAAUUUUGAUGAUGAUCAUAAAGUCACUCAUCAUAACUAUAUUAUUGACCGCUCCAAGAUCAACAUUAAUUAGAAGUACUACACACAGAGUUAUGAAUAAUUUUAUCAUAUGCUUUAAUUAAAUAAGGAGAAUUUUGUUGAGUGCUAUAUAUAAAUUGAUUUUUAUUAUA